UCUACAGAGCUGGAGCUGUCGAGGAAGGUACACGACCCGUGGACUGUAAUGCAACCCUUUAACAUCGAAAGUCACUGCACCACAGCAUCAGAAGCGUUAUUAGGAUCAACCAAUCAGAGAAGAAGAAUAGUUAUCUUGAACCGCGCCGGGUACCUGGGAUACAACCUCAGCAGGGGAUUGGCUGAACAAGGUGACCACGUGACCAUGGUUGGUGAUGCAGACGACAGUUACCUGGCUGCCAUAGUCAGAAGACAUCGAAACGAUUCAGAAAGGAUUCCUGGUGGAAAAUUUUCACAUAUCACCGGUCAAAUUUGUGACCAAGGCUUCUUGAAGCAUGUUUUCAGCUUGUAUAUACCGACCUAUGUACUGAUUUCACACGUGGACGAAUGUACAGAACCCGGUCCAAAUAAGGACUUAGUAAGGAGACUAAGUUGUGCAACUAAUAUACUAGAGGCUGCCAGAAACUUCCAGGGUAUACGGGUCGUUACGCUAGGGAUAGAGAGCACCAGCCAAGAUGAGGAUGUUAUUUCUAGUGGACCUGUCAAGGAAUCCAAUACUGGGACUCUCCGGGGUACUGAAAUAUCAGCAGUUACACAUGCUGUCCGCGAAGGGCAGGGGAUAGCGUUCAAUAUCUACAGGAACGUCUAUGACUUGACGGUUACAACUGUAGCACUGAAAGUAGUAACCAGAGACAAAUACGGACUCUGUUCGCGUGAAUUUCAUCAAAGCUACAAUUAUGACCGUCGCUGUGGAACAGUCGGGGCGGAUGGAGAGACUUCGGAUGGUUCAAAAGAUCUCAGUACUGAAGCAGAUGUGAAGAGAGACGUAGUUGCAGAAAUUGUUCCGAAGCUGGCGGCGAUAUUGAGGAUAAGACACUUGUGCUCUAACUACAGAAUACUUGUGGAUUUCUCUGGAACAAGAGACAGACUAGUCAGAGGAAAAGUAAAAUUUGCUCAAGGCAACGGCAACGGAUACGUUCGGAAGAACAAAAUUGCGAUUCUCUCCAAAAGCGGGAUAAAAUCACUACACAACGCGCCAGAUGACGUCGCGUCUCAUAUAGAUGUCUCCAGAUCCACUCAUAUCAGAGAAACAAGUCGCGGUUGUUCAUAUAAGUCUUCUGAUGACGCCUUACAAGGGUCUGAGCAUGUGGGGGAAAGAAAUACCAAUAAGAACGACGCAGAUAACGUCAGAGAAGAAGUACAAAAUAAAAGAGACCCCAACGGGAAGGCUGUCAACUGUGCAGACAGAAAAGUUAACCUGGUGCUAUCAUGCCAGUUUGUGAACUUCAGGAACUCCCGUAAGAAAAGCAGCAGGUUCGAGAUCACGAAAAUGUGGUACUGGGGUUUGAAAAAUAACGGUUUAAAAGCCGCGGUGCUUCACGGGGGAUUACGGGAGUCCUACGUUAGAAGAGUAUCUGACAGGAACCUGACUUUCUACCGUGUCAACAUGAACGAAUUCACCAAAAGUGCCAAGUUUUUCGCAUUCUUAGACUAUCUCUCAGCGCAUCCUGACGUCGGAAGGGUGAUUCUGACGGACAACUCUGACGUACGGUUUCAAAGGAACCCAUUUGAGCUAAUGGAUUUGUUAGGCGACCGUUUGUACGUAGGAACAGAUGUGGACAUAUACCCCAACAUUGCGUCAAUGGCGUGGCUUACUAGACGUUUAGAAGAAUGUUUUGGACAUUUUUUCGCCCAGAGUAAAGAAUUUCCCACCCUGACACAGAUGCCUUAUGUCUAUAACGCAGGAGUAAUAGGUGGCCCCCGCCAUCUUGUCAUGCAACUUCUGGAGAAAUUGACCUUUGUACUCGACGGGGUCAACCCAAAGGCCAAGAACAUUUGCAACAUGGCGGCCCUAAACAUGGUGUUGCACAAAUAUUUUGCUGACAAAGUUUUUACAGGAUUUCCAUGGAAUAGUAGAUAUUUGAGAAGACAGAAGAAGCCAAAGGGAGUUUAUGUGAUACACAAGUAGUAUCGCGCAUACAAAUCUAUCGAAUCCUUGUCGUAUAUAUCUGAAACUAGUCACAAAUCAAUAAAUGCCAAUGGAAAAUGUGAUCAUAUUCUGUUUUAAUCAUAAAUUGAUUUUUAUAUACAAUUUC